AUGACCGCACUACUGAGCUCGCUGAGGAUGUCGCUCCGCGGGCGCUUCAAAUUGAGCCCGUGUAAAACACUAAAAACACCGAUCAAAGUUCUACCGGCCACUGAACUAGUUGAAGAAGAGCGCGCUCCUCAUUAUAAUCUGAAGCAUUUUUACCCUGCCCGCCUCUACGAAGUUCUCGACAACCGAUACCAGAUUACCGCGAAACUUGGCUGGGGUACCAGUUCAACUGUCUGGUUGGCUCGUGAUCUACAGCAGUGGCGCUGGCGCCCGACCCGUUAUGUUGCGGUCAAAAUCAAGGCGAACAACUACGCUACCACAGAAGACGCUGAAUGGGAUCUACGCCUUAUAGAACAUAUCAGUCACACGAACCCGCGGCACGUAGGCUGCAGCUUUAUCAGCACGUUGCUCGACUCCUUUAUGUUGCCCGGCCCGUAUGGCACUCAUGUCUGCAUGGUGUUCGAUCCCUUAUGUGAGCCUCUGUGGAUGUUCAAACAGCGAUUUCAUGGGAAUGUGCUUCCGUUGGAUGUAAUGAAACCUGUGGCAAGAAUGAUCCUGGAAGGUCUUUGCUAUCUUCAUUCCCAAUGCCACAUUAUCCAUACAGAUCUGAAAUCCGACAACAUUCUCAUGUCUCUCCGAGAGCCGUCUGUACUUGACAAAGUUGCGCAGGAUGAGAUGAAUGACCCUCUCCCUCAAAAACAUCUUGAAGAUCGAACAAUCUAUCUCUCUAGAAACCAGUUUGGCUUAGAGGUAAGGGGGCUAGGGAGACCAGUGAUUACUGAUUUUGGGCUGGCUGUGGAUGGAUCUCGGAUCCAUCAUCAUCUCAUUCAACCUGACGAAUACCGAGCCCCUGAAGUGAUUAUUGGAGCAGGCUGGAGCUACAGUGUCGAUAUCUGGAAUCUAGGGGUCUUGAUUCUGGAUUUAGUGCACGGAAGAGGACCUUUCGAUAUGCCGCAAUCGGAUACCUCCCCGUUCUCUCCUGAACAACAUUUGGCCCGUAUAAUAUCGAUACUUGGUCCUCCGCCCGUGGAUAUGCUUCGCCAAGCAAGGGACGGCUCUAGAUACUUUAACGCUGAAGGAAUGAGUAUAAUGAUAGACAAUCUUGGAUUUACCCUCACGCCCGGCUCAAUGGUCUCAUUCCAAGAUGCCACUUUUCCAAUGAUACUCAUGAGUUUCCUUCACCUAUGCUGGUAUCACAGGCUAUCCAUGCUUACUCUACCUGGUGAUCUGGAUCAUGUCUAA